AACCAGGUGUCCGCCAUUACCGCCCGCACCCCCGCGCCCUCCCCGCUGCCUCCUUCAGGACACCAGGGCCCCGCCAGUACUGCCGGUUGUCCAAAAGUUGAUGCGUACGGGAGUUCUCGGUGGGCCGAGCGGGGAGAUGCCCGAAAAUUAGAAUUCCCGGGAGCCAUCGGUGGGCGGAACGCGGGGAGGGAGCCGCGGGACGGGGGGAGCCGAGUGAGGGCGUACCCAGGCACGGAGGGGGAACGCUUUGAGCGACGGACCGCGGCGCCGGAUGAUGGCGGCGGUGCCGAAGGUGCUGUGCUCGGAGAAGGGAGCCUUGCUCCGGCAGGUGGUCGCCCUCAGCAGAGCAGCAACAGCCAGAGAAAACCGUCUGUGUGCUGCAGGUGAUGCACUCCUGGCUUGCCACAGAUCCUACAGGUCCCGACCUACACAUGGAAUUGGGAAGUUUAAAUACCUGCUCCCAAAGGAGGUUCCAAAGAAGAAAAAGGAAAAAGUGCAGAUGAAAGAGAUCGAUGCUGGCACUGAGUACCAGUAUGGAGAUGUCAACAUCCAGAUGACUUCUUAUGAUCUGUGCCUGGUGGAGCAUUUUGCUCAGUAUGUCCACAGACUCUGCAACCGCCUCUCAAUCCGAGUCAAUGAGAGCUACGCCAUGCCCACCAAAACCAACGAGGUGCUGUUCAUGGAAGAGAGGGGAUCCAAAAUGCAGCUGGAUGCCGUCCUUACCACCCACCAGAGGGUUGUUCAGAUCCGCGGUUUGAGUUCCACGUUUGCUCCCAUACUGCUGGAAAUCAUUCAGAGUAACCAGCCUGAGGGGGUCCAUCUGUUGAUGAAACAGCACACAGAAGCCGAUUUCAAGAGCCGACUGAAGUCUCGACCGGAGCUGGAAGAGCUGCUGGCAGAGAUGUCCUGAGGUGAGGAGCAAUGUGUCAUCCAUGGGCUGUUCCAUGACCUCUGCACUGAUAACUUAGUGAAUUGGAAGGAAUUCCACUGUUUGGAACCAGCUUGUCUCAGUAAAAAUAAUGUGUUUAUAUUUGAUGGGUUUGUACUGGGAACAAAGAUGCCACAAUGAAAUGUGGGUUUGCUUUCCUUCA